GGGGUUCAACUAUAUAGUCUGUCUUCCCUUAUAUACAUCAGACGAAUAAAGGUCCUGAUUAGUAAUCCAUGGUUCUAGACGUUUCGGUGCUGCCUUUGCUCAUCUUUACAUCAUGGAGCUUUCUGUGAUGAGGGCGACGUUGAUCCAAUCUUAGACGCGUCUAGCGUCACAUGACAAUACCAAUCAGAGUUAAGCUCUGACAUGAACCCACGCGUUACAGCACUGAUCACUCGUUUUCCUUCCUUACUUUAAACCUCAUAACCUCAUCGUCUUUGCAGAUUCCCGACAUCCGACCUCUUUUCCAUUGAAUCGAUCACAUUACUUCAGCUAAACACUACACAUUCGACAGCAGCUCUCUCAUCGCGCCACUCGACGUACAGGAAGUGAUGGGUCUUAAAGGCUGGUACGCCUUUCUUCGUAAGAAGGGUUACCAACCCUCUGUACUUUACCUAUCAGCCGCGUCAACAACCUCGAGCACCGCCACCAGAAGAUUCGACCUUCUCUCUCGCUUUUCAGUCAUCAGGAAUGCUUAUACACAGAACUCCAUCGAGAUGGCCCAUACGGUCCUAGAGCUGGAUGUCAUGCGGUUCGGGACCAAGGAAAACACCAUUAUCUACGUCGACGGAAUCCAAGCAGAGGAGAAGGAGUUCACUGCUCAGAUCCGCCAAGAAGCUCGGGAGAAGACCACUAAGCGUUGCAAAGAAAGUGUGGAUGAACUACAAAGACGGAUCGAUAACAACCUCAAGGUUCGUAAGCGACACUCCGCCGAUGCCUGGACCAGCCUUGCGUCCUCCUUCUAUUGGUCCCUGCCCAUCCGUGAUGCAUUUGUCAAGUAUAUGCAGGGUGAGGGGUGGAACAUUCAGCGAUGCGAGACGGAAGCUGAUGUUGUGAUCGCUCAGGAUUGCAGAUUUGACGAUAUUGUCGUGUCUGCGGACAGCGAUAUGCUCGCGUACCCAUCCGUGUCAAGUCUGUGGCGCCCGAUUUCAAAGAACUUGAUUCUGAUCUACAAAAUAUCGGAUAUCUGUGAGGUUCUCGGUGUGUCCAGGAUCCAACUCACGGCCCUCGCUGUUGCCUCCAACAACGACUACGGAAAAAAAUAUCUACUCUCUUGGACCGGCGACCAACUUUUCGAUUAUCAAGACGAUCAAGAAACAAGAUGUGCGACAGACGUGAAUGCAUAUUUGGAAGACUCCAAGGUCGUUUUAAAAAUCACAGACAACAAAACACUUGAACUUGCACUCAGAGUCUUUGUUAAUCUCCAACAGACGCCUGUCAGCGAUCCUCGCCCUUUGUCCAGCGUCUCGUCCUACAGUGAGCUUUACAAACAACUCAAGGAUCUUUGUGCCAUGUACUAAGAGAACAAGGAUUUUCGCGCACAACUGCAACCAAGGUAUGCUAUAUUUCUGUUCAAUAUCGCACGGCAUUUAGGACUUGGCAUCGGCAAUCAUCUCACAGCUCA